AUGCCCUCCGUACUUUCGGAUGCUGACAAGGAGACUGUCAAGAGGACUGUUCCAAAAGCAGCCAACAAGAUCCAAGCUGUGGCUGUCGCCCGCUUGUACGUUGCCUACCCUGACAGGCAAAGAUGGGCUUAUACGGGCUUACAAGGCGCUACGGUGCUCGCCAAUGACCUCGUCGGAAAUACGUAUUGGGUAAAGAUGGUAGACAUCUCGGGCUCCAAUCGUGGGGUGAUAUGGGAUCAAGAGAUAUACGAUCCAUUCUACUACAACCAAGAUAGAACGUUCUUCUUCUCCUUUGAGCUCGAGGAAUGUCUCGCCGGUCUUUCAUUUGUCAACGAGAAAGAGGCAAAGACCUUCAAAAAGAAGAUGGACGAUCGAGAGAAGAAUGCAAGUAAGGAGACAAGGGCCACUCCGUUCCAGGGUGCUGGGCAAGUAGGUGGUACUGCCACAAAUAACAAAACUCAUGGUCGUUUUGGACUUGGGAGUCUGUUACACGGCAGUCAACGCCAUUCUUCAGCUCCGCAAGUUACAUUAUCUCAACAACCUUCAUCGAUCAUACCCCGAGAGCCUGCCGUGCAACUUCCAAAGAGCCCAACGAGAGAUAGAGCGUCAUCUCUUGAUGAUGUCGAUCCCUCAUGGCGAGGCAUUUUAGGGGAGCUUUUGGAAAUGGGCGUCACUGAAGAUCAAAUUGCACAGAACCAGGAUUUCAUCAAGAGCUACAUCGAGCAGAGCAAAACAAACGGUGAUCAGAACAGUGCAAACAUUACUCCUUCAUCCAAUGGUUUCGGUAACGACCGCCGUGCAAACCCUCCUCCGCCGCCACCCCUGGUCCCAUCAAAUGGGCGAUUCAAUUCCAUCAGCCCACAAACCACAGGCAAUAGCUUGUCGAAAAGAGGUCCAGCUCCUGCACCUCCUCAACCACGUAGAAGUCGUCAGGAGAACCAGUCGAUUUCAUUAACCCGACCCAGGUCUCCUUCUUCGCUUGAGGAGCGAACCCCUUCUCCACCACGGCAGCAGUACCAAUUCAGAGCGCCACCUCCAAUUGCAGAUGCAGGCAAGUUUGCCCAGGUUCCCCCGCCAGCAACACCCGCACGACCUAGGAACGUUUCAAAUGUUGCCAAUCCUGGCCCUCCACCGCCGCCUCGACCUCCGAAAACACCAAUCGAAGAUGGAGACGAGGCUAGACCUAAGUUUGGGGUGCCUCCUGCGUUCCUCGGUGAGAGAAGCGCCUCAGCAAAACCUCCACCUCCUCCAAGUCGAGCACCGUUGGCUUCCACAUCCGCACACUCAAAAGAAAUUAGUCACGGCCACGCUGUUCCACCGGCUGCUGCAGCUCCUCCAUUACCUCCGAAACAAACAUCCGCUCCAGCUCCCUCUGCAGGUCCACCACCACCGCCGCCAGCGAGACCAAAUGCCGCCCCACCACCUCCUCCCCUACCUUCGGCACCACGACCUCUCAACACUCAGCCACCAUCAUCCAUGUCUGGAGUGCCUCCCUCUCCGCCUUCAAUACCAUCGAACAGCGCACCUCCGCUGCCUCCAUUGCCAGCUGCUGGGCCACCGCCACCGCCGCUGCCACCAGGUGGACCCGGCGCGGCUUGGAGGCAUCGGAGGAGCCGCGCUAAAAAAGUCAAUGACAGCGAGAAACGAGACAGAAGCGCCGCAGCGGUCCCGGGCGCAGAAGCAAGUGUCCCCAGUGGUGGCGCUCAGGUACCUUCCUCUGGCGGGGCUGGUUUGCAAAAUGCGCUCGCAGUGGCGCUGAGCAAAAGGAAUAAGAAAGUCAGUGCAAGUGAUGACGAAGACGAUGAUGAAGAUGAAUGGGACGAUGACCCAAAGCGCAAGCUGGCGAAGAUUGGUUCUUUACAUCUAGUCCUACUGCUCGCCUCUGUCCCAAAUCCCCCAACCGAGCACCGGCAGUACAUGCGGCUAUGGAAAAGAAGUGGCGGAAGCGAUGAUGAUGGAGACAUCACGGCCCACGGGCUUCCGCCUCUCCCAAGUUUCCUCGAUGAUGCCGCUGGUACUAGCCUAGGUAGAAGUAAGGCGGGCAAAGCGAGCAGCGAGUUGAAGCUUCGAUGUACAGAAAUAGAUGAGAGCGGGAACGUUACUACUGUGAAUGGUGAAUUCAAGAAAAGUGAACUGAUCGCUAAGUAUGGACUGCUACCUCGCGACUUACGAAAAAUUGAUUCGUCUCUCCUUCCUCACAUGUUGGUCCGCCCAUCGGCGAUACUCAUCAAUCUUUUGCAUCUUCGCGUUUUGAUCAAGCACAAUCGUGUCCUUGUUCUUGAUGCCUAUGGAUCUACAGACUCGUUCACGCAAUCUCAAUUUAUGUAUGACCUCUCGGGUAAAUUAAGUCAGAAAGAAACUCGACAAGCCGCAGGGCUGCCGUAUGAAUUCCGGGCUUUGGAAGCCGUCCUCGUCAGUGUCACAACUGGGUUAGAGGCAGAAUUUGAGGGUGUCUCGGAACCUGUCGUAAGAGUUUUAAGGGAGCUCGAGGAAGAUAUUGAUAGAGACAAGCUUCGACACCUGCUGGUCUUUUCAAAAAAGCUAGGCACGUUCGAACAAAAGGCUCGACUUGUACGAGACGCCAUCGAUGAUUUGUUAGAGGCUGACGAUGAUCUGGUGACUAUGUACUUGACUGAGCGUUCGCAAGGCAAGAUCCGAGAGGAGCAUGAUCAUACCGAAGUUGAGAUGUUGUUGGAGUCGUAUCACAAGUUGUGCGACGAGGUCGUUCAAGUCAGUGGGAACUUAGUCAAUAGUAUUCGCAACACCGAAGAAAUAGUCAAAGCGAUUCUAGACGCCAAUCGCAAUUCCCUCAUGCUACUGGACCUCAAAUUCUCGAUUGGUACUCUAGGGAUCGGAUCGGGGGCAUUCGUUGCAUCACUUUAUGGCAUGAAUCUCAAGAACUUCAUAGAAGAGUCUGAUCUUGGUUUUGUCGGAGUCACAGGCUGGUCGCUUGUCUUUGCAAUUGCGGUUUGCGCCUACGGAUUGAAAAAGCUGAGGAAGGUGCAGAGAGUUAGUAUGUGGGGAGAACGGGGUAGAGGUGAGAAAGGCAGCUGGAGGGACGUUAGCGGUCCUGUCAGAUCAAGGAUGGAGACAGAGGCGAGGAAGGAGAAAAUGGAAAGGCUCAAGACAGGGUACAAUGUUGGGUAUGAGGACAAGCCUACAGAGAGCCUAUUACCGCCGCUCAAGGAGUGA